CUGGGCCUGGGCUGGCGGCGGCAGAAUGGAGAGCCGGGCCGAGGACGCGGGAUUGACCCGCCGCCCGAUGCUGGCCUCUUCCUGGGAUGCGGCCCGCGGAGUCCUGGCCCACAGCCUCCGUCUCACCCGGGCUGACCUCGGCGCCCGGGACUUGGACUGGGAGGAACCGCUGACGCCGCCUGCCGCGGGCCACGAUCUGGUGGUUUUGGAGAGCGGCCCGAGCAGCCCGGGGGAGAAGCCCUGCUUCCUUCAGCUGAGCUGCGAGCCCGGCGGGGCUGAGGAGAUCGUGUCUGUCGGCCUUCUGAGUUCGGCCAGGAACAUGGAGGUGUACCUGGGAGAGGAGUACUGCGGCACCAGCCGGGGCGAGGCCGUCGGCGGCGACCCGGGUGACAGUGAAGAUGAAAAGAUUAUUUUGUACAAAAAAUACCUAAAAUUGGAGUCCUCCACACAUGCUUGUAAAAUAAAGUUGCUCUCCUUUGGUGAAAAGCAGCGUGUGUUCAUCAGUAAAAUUGUGGUACAGUUGAGGCGGGUUUCAGCAAAUUCUUCAACAAGCUCUCCUGCUCUAGGAUCAAGGAUAGACCUGCAGAGGGUCCAAACUCUCAUGGAGGCCAUGGGGUCCAAGUUGUCACCUGGUGCUCAGCAGUUGAUGAAUAUGGUUAAAUUUCAGCAGCAGAACUGUGUUCCCGUGGGAGAGCAGCUUCAGGCGGUUUUGGGAAAUACUGGCUACAGACGAGUGGCGGACCUGCAGUCCUCAGCUGCUUCGGGAGCCUCCGACAAGUCCCCCUCCACGCCUUUCCCUUUCAGAACCGGACUGACGUCUGGAACCCUGACGGAAGACUUAAACGCUUGCGUCGAUAAAAGUCCACAGCCACCGGGUGGAGGAAACACUACACGCCUCAAAGACUAUCACGUUGUGCCGCCAAACCAUUCUCUUCUUGAGAGUGACCUCAGAAAUGCAGUUUCUUCUUUCCUGCCGAAGAAAGCAAGUGACGCCUCAAAUAUACCUAACUCUGAGUUGCUGCCUUUUCUCCAGAAUUUAUGUAGUCAGGUUAACCGUCUCCGCGUGGGACGUAGCGCCAGGUGGCAGGAAGGCAUCGCUAAGGCCGGGGAAGGCGUCGUUGGUGUUGCGACGGAAGAGCAACCUGUGUGCUCCUACUUGGAAAAGAUUCUUACUAAAAAUAUGGAACUGCUGGAAAAGAAGCUUGUGGACUCCAUCGAUCAGCGAAUACGUCAACUCCAGGAGCACGUGGACAGGAAGAUGGCUGUGUUGAUGGACCUGCUGCAGAAUCCCCCCUCCCCACCCCCUGGGAUGGCCCUGACACAGUGUGACUCUGGGGAAAGACUUUCCAAUGGAGAGAGAUAAGUGCUCAACCCGUAGGAUGUGCUACAGAUAUUUAUUACGUAUUUAUGGCAAAGCCUAAACCCCCAGAGUUCAAGGCAAGGAUUUAGUGUCGUUUGGGGGCAUCAUCUUACGCACAUCGAGCGACCUCAGUGUUCAUUUUAAUGUACUUGUUACUGUCUGUCCAGGGCUGUGCACGAGGAUUAACCUGAUCAGGUCAUCCGUUAUUUUUGUUCGCAAUAUUGUUUACUCUUAACAGAAAUUUAUGUAUAUUUCUGGGUUAAGUGUUUAAAAAUGUUAAAGGUUUUUAAGGCCAUUCGUGAGUCCCUAUUGUAUAACGUGUUUGAUAAAGUCCAUUUUUAUUUAUAAAGGGGUUUAUAUUGUAGUCUUAGGAGUAUGAUAAAUGCUUAAAGUAUUUGGUAACUUUUCUUCAAAUUGAUUUUUCAUGGAAAAUUGGAUACUUAAAAUCCUCUCACUCGGAUCACUAUAUUUGUAGUGUUAAAUUCAGAGAAUGAGUAAGAUGGCAGUGUUGAUGACAUGCAGAGACACGGGGCCCCUCCUGUGGCUGCUCCUGUGUGUCUCAAUUCACUGUAGCAGGAAGUUGGAAAGUCAAAAUCAGACCUGGCCUAUUCCUUGUUGGGAUUAUCUUAGAUCUAGUGUUUGAUGUAGAAUGGGAGAAUGCCUCUUGUUUUAGCUCAAUAAACACAGAAAGUAUAAGGAACUCCGCCUUUUCUGAGCGGAGGCGGGUGCCUCCCAGAGCUCUCCUCUGGGGUGUUGAAACUGAGACGCACUAUGCUUGCGCACGGAAAGAUUUAGGCAUGGGAAUCGAGAGGAUUGUGCUUCUCUCCAGCAGAUGUCAUUUUCGGAAAUUAGAACUGUCGUGUAUGUGUUCAAGAGUGAUGUAUUUGCACUUAAAAAUAAACGUAUCU